AUGGGCUCUGAUAAAGAAGUAAAAUCUGAGGUGCAGAUAACAGAACUGUUUGAAGAGUUUGAAUUCGAGACGCCGUCACCUUAUCCAGACAGCCCGGUCUGUCCCUCCCCGGCACCCAGCGACAAACAACCCGACAGACUGCAGAAGAAGAAACCUAAGAAACAGCCGACGCCGUCUCCAGAACUUGUUAAGGCUCAGGUCAGACUUAGUCAGUUGCAGGGUCAGGUUCACAGCAAGUCCCGGGAGCUGGACGAGCUGAGACAGGCGAACCAGGAGCUGACGUACGCUAUCAAAGUCAAGGACGACAAACUGGUCAACAAGCGGCCCACUUACAGCGCUCUCAAAGGUUUCCAACGGCAACGCCAGGAGUUGACUGCGGAGCGGGACCUGGCCCUGGCCCGCCUGCAGGAAGCCGUGCAGCGCGCCAGUCUAGCCGAGCAGCUCGCCUCAGACGCCCUGAGAGAUCGAGAGGAGGCCCUCGGAGAAAGGGAAAAGCUGACGAAGGAGCGAGACUACGCCGCGAAGUUGUACGAGACUCUACGAAGGUCUGUGGACGUGGAGGACGACUCGGAAUUUCCGUUGAGCAUUCGGAAAACAGUCGACAGACAGGUUCAGACGUACCUGUCCUUGGUACACAGAAAAGGCUCCGGCGGUGCUUUCAACACGAUGUUCCCUGGCGCAGGGGCUGACGGGAUAUCCGAGGGACCGUCCUUCCCCUCAGGAAACCGCCGUGAUCCAAAAGUCGUCCAAAAGAUCUCCUUCUCGUCAAACGGAAGCAGCGAAGUAAACAACGAUGAAGCUAAGAACAUCAGCAAAGAUUGUACAGCAGACUUUGAGUCGUCAGGAAAAGGAAACGGGACGACAGCAAGCGGUGAUGGUCGAGAGAGUGAGGAGACGGUUCACCCGUGGCUGGUAUCGGCGGGAAGGGGCCACGGUGUGCGGGUUAUGAGCCCCCAUCCUGCCGAGUACAAGUCCAUGUUACGCGGCAAUGCGCAGCCCAAAGUCAUGUUUCGAAGUUUCCGUAGCAAUGCUACAUAAUUUUGUGUCGUAACGUUUCGUAAAAUAAAACUCGCUCGUGUUUUCUUCUGGAUACUGAUUUAAGAACAUAAUCAAUGUAUAUUCAAGAUUUUCGAUGUUACUAUGACAGUAUAUACCCAGUCCAAAGUCAUGUUUCGAAAUUUCCAUAGCAAUGCUACAUAGGAUGUGUCGUAACGUUUCGUAAAAAAACGUGUUUCCUUUUGGACAUUGAUAUAAAACAAACUUGUACAAGCAUACGGUGUAUAUGUAUUUGAACACUCUGCAAGCUUAGAUCCCAAUUACAUGCCUGGUCGAACUUCAGUCUGUGGUAAUUUAAAUGCGAUCAAAAUACAAAUAUAUCCCGUCUGUCUUUGUUGUAAGAAAUAAUCUUGUAUAUCUUUAAGUCCAGUCAGCAGAACAAAAGAACCAUAUUGAUCAUUUUUUUAUCUGCUGCAAUAAAAGAAGUGAC